GCGGCGAGGGCAGGUCCGUCCGCCUCGCCCCCGCCGUCACCCCUGGCACACGGCCCCGCGGCCGCCGAGCCCGGCCAGCGGCCCCGGGUAGGCGGCGGGGGCAGUGCCGGUGCCGCCGCAGGCAUCUGGAAGGUUUCUGCUCGCCCGCCCCCCGCCGCCCCGACCCUCUCCCCUAUAAAUGCGGGCGGCGGUGCCCGGCGAGCGCAGAGUGGCGGGGCCAUGCUGGGGUUGUGGAUGCUGAUCUGGGGGUCCCUGGCCCUGCGCGGCCGCGCCGACACCGCGUUCCUGCACCUCGCCCCCGACGGCGCCGGGCACUGCACCUACUCCUUCACGGUGGCCAGCCCCGUCGAGGCCGCCUGCCCUGAGGCUGCCGGCGGCGUGCCCGAGCUGCGGGCAGAGCUGGCCGCGCUCGCCGCCCGCCUGAGCCGGCUGGAGAGCCGGGAGCGGGCAAUGGGGGGCUCGGGGCCCGGGGGGGCUCGGGAGCCCCAGCAAGUGGCCGCGGCCGCCCGGCUGGAGACUGCGUACGGGGAUCUGCUGCGGGCCAAGGCCCGGCUGGAGGAGGAGAAGGGGCGGCUGGAGCGGGAGAAAGAGGAGCUGGGCAGGCGGCUGGAGAGCAGCGCCCAGGAGAUCACCCGGCUGCGGGCCGCCCGCUGCCCCCCCGGCAGGGACGGGCCCAGCCGUGACACCCUGCGCGCUCCCGGCAAGGCGCCGCGCUGGGAUCCGCAGCCCCUCACCUUCCAGGAGCUGCAGUCGGAGCGGACGGAGGUUCCCGUGUCCCGGCUGCUGGAGGAGACGGCGCUCGGCCGCCCGGGGGGCGCGGACUCAGGCUGCGGACAGCUCGUGUGGGUGGGAGAGCCCGUGGUGUUCGGCCGGGCGGACUCCAUCGCCGGGAAGUACGGCGUGUGGAUGAAGGAUCCCGAGCCCGUGCCCCCCUUCACGCGGGACACCACGUGGCGCGUGGACGCGGUGGGCACCGAGGUGCGGCAGCUCUUCCAGUACGAGGAGGCCGAGCAGCUGGCCCGGGGCUACCCCGCCAAGGUGCACAUCCUGCCGCGGCCCCUGGAGAGCACGGGGGCCGUCGUCUACCGCGGCGGGCUCUUCUUCCAGCCCCGCCAUUCCCGCUCCGUGGCCCGCUACGACCUGCGGGGAGAGACCGUGACGGCCGAGAGGGAGAUCCCUGGCGCCGGCUACCACGGGCAGUACCCCUACGCCUGGGGCGGCUACACCGACAUCGACCUGGCGGUGGACGAGACGGGGCUCUGGGUGAUCUACAGCACCGAGAGUGCCCGGGGGGCCAUCGUCCUCUCCAAGCUGGACCCUGAGACGCUGGAGAUCCGCCGGACCUGGGAGACCAACAUCCGCAAGCGGGGGGUGGCCAACUCCUUCCUCAUCUGCGGCACCCUCUACACCGUCAGCAGCUACUCGGCCCCCAAUGCCACCAUCAACUUCGCCUACGACACGGCCACGGGCGCCAGCCGGGCCCUCAGCAUUCCCUUCGAGAACCGCUUUCGCUACCUCAGCAUGCUGGACUACAACCCCUCCGAGCGGCAGCUCUUUGCCUGGGACAGCUUCAACAUGGUCACCUACCCCGUGCGCCUCUCCCAGGCCUGAGCCGGGGCUGGGAAUGCACCGGCUCAGCCCCUGUGACCCCCCCAUGUGUGCCUUGGCAUCUUGCUUUGCUCCCCAGCUCCCCCCGGCACGGCCGGGAGCACCGGCCUUGGACAGCCCCGGGUGAGGGAGGGGCCGCCUAUGUCUCUGCUGGCACCUUCCAGCAACACCCCCCUGCACUCAAGUGCAGCAGAGAGAAAUGAAGUGCUUCUCCAGAGCCUGGGGGAGUCAGAGAAACUGCUCCCCAGCCUCGGUGGGUUUCAGUUGGGUCACUGCAGCACCCAGCCCUGAGCUA